GGGCGGGGCCGGGCCCAGGUAGAGCGGCCCUGCGGCUGGCGGGGCGGACGGGAUGAGGCGCUGCAGUCUCUGCACUUUCGACGCCGCCCGGGGGCCGCGGCGGCUGAUGCGUGUGGGCCUCGCGCUGAUCCUGGUGGGCCACGUGAACCUGCUGCUGGGGGCCGUGCUGCACGGCACUGUCCUGCGGCACGUGGCCAAUCCCCGCGGCGCUGUCACGCCGGAGUACACCGUGGCCAAUGUCAUCUCCGUCGGUUCGGGCCUGCUGAGCGUUUCCGUGGGACUUGUGGCCCUCCUGGCGUCCAGGAACCUUCUUCGCUCUCCACUGCACUGGGCCCUGCUGGCACUAGCUCUGGUGAACCUGCUCUUGUCCGCUGCCUGCUCCCUGGGCCUCCUGCUUGCUGUGUCACUCACUGUGGCCAACGGUGGCCGCCGCCUUAUUGCUGACUGCCACCCAGGACUGCUGGAUCCUCUGGUACCACUGGAUGAGGGGCCGGGACAUACUGACUGCCCCUUUGACCCCACAAGAAUCUAUGAUACAGCCUUGGCUCUCUGGAUCCCUUCUUUGCUCAUGUCUGCAGGGGAGGCUGCUCUAUCUGGUUACUGCUGUGUGGCUGCAUUCACUCUACGUGGAGUUGGGCCCUGCAGGAAGGACGGACUUCAGGGGCAGCUAGAGGAAAUGACAGAGCUUGAAUCUCCUCAAUGUAAAAGGCAGGAAAAUGAGCAGCUACUGGAUCAAAAUCAAGAAAUCCGGGCAUCACAGAGAAGUUGGGUUUAGGACAGCAGGUGCUGUUCCGAGACUCAGUCCUAAAGGGUUUUUUUCCCACUAAGCAAGGGGCCCUGACCUCAGGAUGAGAUAACAAAUUGUAAUAAAGUAACUUCUAUUUUCUUCUA